AUGGUGAUGAUGACGACUGCAAUCGAAGCUCAGCUUUCGGCCAUCCUGGACAAACUAGAGUCCGGGAAUGGCUCUCCGUUUUCGGCGAGGAAGGAAAAACGAAGCAUGCAGCAAGAGUUGAGGUCCCUGGAACUGUGGCGAAGUAUCAUCAGUGAAUGCCUUGCGACGUUUCUCCUGACUUUCCUCGUCUGUGGGUCGUGCAUCCCGUGGAAUGGGAAUUCCCCCUCGUAUGUGGGUGUCGGGAUCGUGACAGGAGUUGGGGUGACGACCCUCACCCAUGGUUUUGGACCCAUCUCGGGGGCUCACUUGAACCCGGCUAUGACGUUCGCCCACGUCGUCUUGAAGAGGGUAUAUUGCCUUGACGAAAACGUGCGACCCAUUGCCGGAGGGGUGACGUCACCUGGUCACAGGGGGAACCUCGGCCUAACAGCCCUGACGGGUGACCUGAGUCCCUUUGCGGGAUUCGCACUGGAAUGCGUGCUCACCUUCCUCAUCGUCUUGAGUGCGUUCGCAUCAGAGCCCAAUGCAAGAGGGGUUCUUCAUCCCAUCCACAUGGGUUUCGCCUAUCUCGCUGCUUCCCUCGUCGCCGUCCCUGCGACGGGAGGAUCCAUGAAUCCAGCUCGAUCCCUCGGCCCAGCUUUCGUCAUGAAUCGAUGGGAUUCUCACUGGCUUUACUGGCUGGGUCCGAUCCUGGGAGGGGUGCUGGGAGGUUGCAUGUACGAAUACCUCUUCAAUCCCAGGAGGCACCUGAGAAGAAAGAACCGAUCCGGAGUUGAUGGAGAAUCCGGUAGCGGAAGGAACGAGGAAGAUGACGAAGACGAAGUCGAAAGUCGGGCACCCGCGAUGGAGAAAUUGAUGACUGGCCUCUAUUCCCCCUUCUCCAGGGCACCAUCUCAUCCUCCUCCACCCCCCAUAUCUUUCUCCAUGUUGCCACCCAUGAAGAGCGGUCGGGAACUUCCUCCCUUGCCCGAUCCUCCUGUCAUCUCUAGUCCUCGUGGCGGAGAUUCUCUGUACGAUGGGUCCAAGAGCCUGUACGAAGGAACCAAGAGCCUGUACGAAGGGACCAAGAGCAUGUACGAAGGGACCAAGGGCACUUACGAGGGAACCAAGAGCACUUACGAGGGAACCAAGAGCCUCAAGGGAUCGUCCUCCCUUCAGCGGUCGGAGAGCGUGUGGUGCAAAGUACCCGAUCCAUCCCUCCCUAGCCCUCCGUUCAAGCCCAUCCAUGUAUCCAGAUCGCAGAGCAUCUACACGGGGAGGCCGGUGGGAAUGGGGCAUCAUCACCACCUUCAUCAUCAUCAUCUCCAUCAAUACCGCGGAGGAGGCGGAGGAUGCAUCUACGACGCCCGAUCCAUGAUGGGGAAGGCUCCUCCUCCUCCUCCUCCCAUGACGGGAGGAGAUUUCCCGGACUCCCCUCAGCGGGAGAACAAGCAUAACGAAAGCCUGACCGGGAAAUCCGUAUCUGGGAUGAGAAACGAGAGUGGCUACGGUACCCUUCCAGGGCUUGGAGAUCCAGGUCCAGGUCAAGGGCCGGGUUAUUCCACACCUAAUUCCUCCCUCUGUUCCCCAUUCUAG